AUGGACAAGACGACUUUCCGCAGUCUGAGACCUGCGUCGUCGACAAAACGGCCCGACGCCGGCUCUCACGCUGCAUCGUCCAGCGACGAGACCGGAACUCCGGUUCCGGGGUCAAGUCGGACAGCGGCUAUACAAGCCUGCCUCGACUGUCGAAGACUCAAGAUAAAGUGCGACGGCAACAGGCCCAAAUGCUCAACGUGUACCGUCAAGAAACGGAGCUGCGGCUACGUCGGCCACGAGGGCCAGAGCCGAGCGACGGCCGUCAAAUCGCGGCUCGAGUCUCUUGAAGGGCUCGUGGCCACGCUAAAGACCAGCAGCCCGGCGCAGCUCUCGACCAUCCUCAACGACAUACGGGGCGCCGACGACGCCGUCGGAGCCAUCGAGAGCCUGGCGAGCCAGACGGAGACGGUCAGCCUCGACGGGCGGAGCCGGCAACACGCUCUGCUGCUGCUGCUGGCCGACGAGCAGGCCCUGGACCUGCGGCUCGUGCUGCCCGAGGCGUCGGUCGUGAAGCGGGCCGUCGAGUCCUUCUUCAGCUGCAGCGGCAAGCUCUUCCACGUCUUCUCCGAGGCCUUUAUCCUGCUGUGCCACGAGGCCGUCUUCGGGGCGGCCCAGGACGCCUCGGACUUCGUCAAGGCGAGGGUCUGUUGUCUGGCGGCCGUCGCGGCCGUGGGCGCGCAGUACGCUCCCGACGUCUUUGGCAAGGACGUCGAGGCCGGCUUGUACAACCUGGCUAGACACCUCCUCGAGGUGGCUAUGGAGCAUGAGCCGCUGCAUGCCAUCAAGGCUUGUGCCUUGCUUGCCCAGUACAACAUCAUGAACAAGGAGAUGAUGUCGCUCACUUACGUUGAGAUGGGCUUGGGCAUGUGUCACUUCCAUGGAAUAAACAACCGGGAGACGAGGCCCGAGUCCAUACCCAGCCAGGAAUGGCGCCACGUCCGGCAUGCUUGGAGGACUUUGGUAUUCUUCUCGAGCUGGCUCUCGGCGACACUUGGGUACAUUUCCCGCAACCCUUGGUCACCGAGCAAGAGAGUGUUCGCUGAUCUCAAGUUUGAUGAUCCCGCCAACAUCACCGAAGUUGUGCAGGGGGAAAUGGUGAGGAUAUGCCUUCUCAAGGCGGACAUAUUGCGAAUGCACCUGGUCUUCGAGGAUCUCUCGGGCCCGGCCGUGGAAGCCAUCACGAGAGACCUGCAAGACUGGUACCAGGAGCUGCCGGAAUCCAUGCGGCUUGGGGCGAGCGUGCGCGAGGGCGUUCCGGUCGGAACCAGGCGGUCCAUCUUGCAUCUACACAUGCUCUACCUGGGGGCCAUAAUGCUUCUCCACCGCAGGAUAGCAAGUCAGUUCUUGAAGUGGUAUGCGGUCAGGGGCUGUCCCAGCAGCCUAGACCUGACCUCUCGCUAUGUCUUUGUCCAACAAAGCGCCGAGGCUGUUCUCGCGGCCAGCACGUCGGCCAGGAUCGUCAAGCUCCUCCUCGACGACGACGGUGUCUUCAAACACUGCUGGCUCGUCAUUUUCCAAAGCUACACCGCCUGCACGAUCCUUCUGCACUCCGUAAUCCAGAAGCAACUCCACGAUUUCGAACCACCGCGGUGGCAGGAUGACUUGGACAGAGCCGGCGACUGCCUCUCUGUGCUUGCCUUCUGCGGCUCUCGGGACCGCGUCGCUGCUCAAUUCCACGAGCAGCUCCAGGCCAUCUUCGAAACAGUCUCGGUGUAUGGCUUCAACAGCAGUCCUUGCCAAGCCCUCAUGGAGAUGGACUUCCAACACAGCCCUCCCAAAAGCGACGGGGAUUUUAUUCCCACGGACCUUGACGGAUACGCAGACUACAGUUAUCUUUUGGACAUUCCUCCCGAGGCAGAGGAAUCGCUUCGACGACUGUCCUUGGUGCUUCUCAUGAUGCUUAGCCAGCCGUUCGGCGACCUUGGCACCAAGGAGGCGGCGGAGCGCGACCUCAAGGGGCCCUGGCUAGCAUAUCCCUCGAGAUAUGAAUACCCGCAGUUGGCAAGUCGUGUGGACUGGGACCUGGGCAGUAGGACUUUGUUCUCGUGGGAUAUGAGCGGGCUGAACGUUCCGCCGUUGGACGUGACGGCGGCGGCGGUGCCCGUGCCGGGACAGUCCGGUUCGGCGCAAGAUGCACCCCGUCUCGGCCUCUUGGACGGCCAGGCUCGAGGGACUUUUCUCGGCAGCUCGGAACCGAGCGGAUGGGCGUCGGCGGCGAGCCUGACGAACCCCGUGACGAACCAGGACGACGUGUUGCGGGAAUAG